AUGUCUUAUAGUUAUGGGACCCUUUCUAUCUACCCUUACUCUCUAAAACUAGUCUGCCUCAUUUCUGCUAUCCGUUCUCCCUCAUUUCUGUCAUCCCUUCUCCCUCAUUUUUGCUAUCUCUUCUCCCUCAUUUCUGCUAUCUCUUCUCCCUCAUUUCUGUCAUCCCUUCUCCUUCAUUUCUGUCAUCCCUUCUCCUUCAUUUCUGUCAUCCUUAACCCUCAUCUCAGCUAUCCGUUCUCCCUCAUUUCUGUCAUCCCUUCUCCCUCAUUUCAGCUAUCCAUUCUCCCUCUUUUCUGUCAUCCUUCUCCCUCAUUUCUGUCAUCCCUUCGCCCUCAUUUCUGUCAUCCCUUCGCCCUCAUUUCUGUCAUCCCUUCGCCCUCAUUUCAGCUAUCCGUUCUCCCUCUUAUCUGUCAUCCCUUCUCCCUCAUUUCUGUCAUCCUUCUCCAUCAUUUCUGUCAUCCUUCUCCCUCAUUUCAGCUAUCCGUUCUCCCUCAUUUCUGCUAUCCGUUCUACCUCUUUUCUGUCAUCCUUUCUCCCUCAUUUCUGUCAUCCCUUGGCCCUCUUUUCUGUCAUCCCUUCGCCCUCAUUUCAGCUAUCCGUUCUCUCUCUUUUCUGUCAUCCUUCUCCCUCAUUUCUGUCAUCCUUCACCCUCAUUUCAGCUAUCCGUUCUCCCUCAUUUCAGUUAUCCGUUCUCCCUCAUUUCUGUCAUCCCUUCUGCCUCAUUUCUGUCAUCCCUUCUCCCUCAUUUCUGUCAUCCUUCUCCGUCAUUUCAGCUAUCUGUUCUCCCUCAUUUCUGUCAUCCAUUCUCCCUCAUUUCUGUCAUCCCUUCUCCCUCAUUUCUGUCAACCCUUCUCCCCCAUUUCUGCUAUCUCUUCUCCCUCAUUUCUGUCAUCCCUUCUCCAUCAUUUCUGUCAUCCUUCUCCCUCAUUUCUGUCAUCCUUCUCCCUCAUUUCAGCUAUCCGUUCUCGCUCAUUUCUGUCAUCCCUUCUCCCCCAUUUCUGUCAUCUUUCUCCCUCAUUUCAGCUAUCUGUUCUCCCUCAUUUCUGUCAUCCCUUCUCCCCCAUUUCUGCUAUCUCUUCUCCCUCAUUUCUGUCAUCCGUUCUCCCUCAUUUCUGUCAUUCCUUCUCCCUCAUUUCAGCUAUCCGUUCUCCCUCAAUUCUGUCAUCCCAUCGCCCUCUUUUCUGUCAUCCCUUCUCCCUCAUUUCAGCUAUCCAUUCUCCCUCAUUUCUGUCAUCCCUUCUCCCUCAUUUCUGUCAUCACUUCGCCCUCGUUUCAGUCAUCCCUUCUCCCUCGUUUCUGUCAUUCCUUCGCCCUCAUUUCUGCUCUCCAUUCUCCCUCAUUUCUGUCAUCCCUUCUCCCUCAUUUCUGUCAUCCCUUCUCCCUCAUUUAUGUCAUCCCUUCUCCCUCAUUUCAGCUAUCCGUUCUCCCUCUUUUCUGUCAUCCUUCUCCCUCAUUUCUGUCAUCCCUUCUCCCUCAUUUCUGUCAUCCCAUCGCCCUCUUUUCUGUCAUCCCUUCUCCCUCAUUUCAGCUAUCCAUUCUCCCUCAUUUCUGUCAUCCCAUCUCCCUCAUUUCAGCUAUCCAUUCUCCCUCAUUUCUGUCAUCCCUUCUCCCUCAUUUCUGUCAUCCCUUCUCCCUCAUUUCUGCUAUCCGUUCUCCCUUAUUUCUGUCAUCCUUCUCCCUCUUUUCUGUCAUCCCUUCUUCCUCAUUUCAGUUAUCCGUUCUCCCUCAUUACUGUCAUCCCUUUCCCUCAUUUCUGCUAUUCCUUCUCACUCAUUUCUGCUAUCUCUUCUCCCUCAUUUCUGUCAUCCCUUCUCCCUCAUUUCUGUCAUCCCUUCUCAUUCAUUUCUGUCAUCCUUCUCCCUCAUCUCCGCUAUCCGUUCUCCCUCAUCUCAUCUGUCCGUUCUCCCUCAUUUCUGUCAUCCCUUCUCCCUCAUUUCAGCUAUCCGUUCUCCCUCUUUUCUGUCAUCCUUCUCCCUCAUUUCUGUCAUCCCUUCUCCAUCAUUUCUGUCAUCCUUCUCCCUCAUUUCAGCUAUCCGUUCUCCCUCAUUUCUGUCAUCCCUUCUCCCUCUUUUCUGUCAUCCUUUCUUCCUCAUUUCUGUCAUCCUUUCUCCAUCAUUUCUGUUAUCCUUCACCCUCAUUUCAGCUAUCCGUUCUCCCUCAUUUCAGCUAUCCGUUCUCCCUCAUUUCUGUCAUCCCUUUUCCCUCAUUUCUGUCAUCCCUUCUCCCUCAUUUCAGCUAUCCUUUCUCACUCUUUUCUGUCAUCUCUUCUCCCUCAUUUCCGUCAUCCUUCUCCCUCAUUUCAGCUAUCCGUUCGCCCUCAUUUCUGUCAUCCAUUCUCCCUCAUUUCUGUCAACCCUUCUCCCCCAUUUCUGCUAUCUCUUCUCCCUCAUUUCUGUCAUCCUUCUCACUCAUUUCUGUCAUCCCUUCUCCCUCAUUUCAGCUAUCCGUUCUCCCUCAUUUCUGUCAUCCCUUCGCCCUCAUUUCUGUCAUCCUUCUCCCUCAUUUCAGCUAUCCGUUCGCCCUCAUUUCUGUCAUCCCUUCUCCCUCAUUUCUGUCAUUCCUUCUCCCUCAUUUCAGCUAUCCGUUCUCCCUCAUUUCUGUCAUCCCUUCUCCCUCAUUUCUGUCAUCCCUUCGCCCUCAUUUCUGUCAUCCCAUCGUCCUCUUUUCUGUCAUCCCUUCUCUCUCAUUUCAGCUAUCCAUACUCCCUCAUUUCUGUCAUCCCUUCUCCCUCAUUUCUGUCAUCCCUUCUCCCUCAUUUCUGUCAUCCUUCUACGUCAUUUCAGCUAUCUGUUCUCCCUCAUUUCUGUCAUCCAUUCUCCCUCAUUUCUGUCAUCCCUUCUCCCUCAUUUCUGUCAACCCUUCUCCCUCAUUUCUGUCAACCCUUCUCCCCCAUUUCUGCUAUCUCUUCUCCCUCAUUUCUGUCAUCCCUUCUCCAUCAUUUCUGUCAUCCUUCUCCCUCAUUUCUGUCAUCCUUCUCCCUCAUUUCAGCUAUCCGUUCUCGCUCAUUUCUGUCAUCCCUUCUCCCCUCAUUUCUGUCAUCUUUCUCCCCUCAUUUCAGCUAUCUGUUCUCCCUCAUUUCUGUCAUCCAUUCUCCCCCAUUUCUGCUAUCUCUUCUCCCUCAUUUCUGUCAUCCGUUCUCCCUCAUUUCUGUCAUUCCUUCUCCCUCAUUUCAGCUAUCCGUUCUCCCUCAAUUCUGUCAUCCCAUCGCCCUCUUUUCUGUCAUCCCUUCUCCCUCAUUUCAGCUAUCCAUUCUCCCUCAUUUCUGUCAUCCCUUCUCCCUCGUUUCAGUCAUCCCUUCUCCCUCGUUUCUGUCAUUCCUUCGCCCUCAUUUCUGCUAUCCAUUCUCCCUCAUUUCUGUCAUCCCUUCUCCCCUCAUUUCUGUCAUCCCUUCUCCCUCAUUUAUGUCAUCCCUUCUCCCUCAUUUCAGCUAUCCGUUCUCCCUCUUUCUGUCAUCCUUCUCCCUCAUUUCUGUCAUCCCUUCUCCCUCAUUUCUGUCAUCCCAUCGCCCUCUUUUCUGUCAUCCCUUCUCCCUCAUUUCAGCUAUCCAUUCUCCCUCAUUUCUGUCAUCCCAUCUCCCUCAUUUCAGCUAUCCAUUCUCCCUCAUUUCUGUCAUCCCUUCUCCCUCAUUUCUGUCAUCCCUUCUCCCUCAUUUCUGCUAUCCGUUCUCCCUUAUUUCUGUCAUCCUUCUCCCUCUUUUCUGUCAUCCUUCUUCCUCAUUUCAGUUAUCCGUUCUCCUCAUUACUGUCAUCCCUUUCCCUCAUUUAUGCUAUUCCUUCUCACUCAUUUCUGCUAUCUCUUCUCCCUCAUUUUCUGUCAUCCCUUCUCCCCUCAUUUCUGUCAUCCUUCUCAUUCAUUUCUGUCAUCCUUCUCCCUCAUCUCCGCUAUCCGUUUCUCCCUCAUCUCAUCUGUCCGUUCUCCCUCAUUUCUGUCAUCCCUUCUCCCUCAUUUCAGCUAUCCGUUCUCCCUCUUUUCUGUCAUCCUUCUCCCUCAUUUCUGUCAUCCCUUCUCCAUCAUUUCUGUCAUCCUUCUCCCUCAUUUCAGCUAUCCGUUCUCCCUCAUUUCUGUCAUCCCUUCUCCCUCUUUUCUGUCAUCCUUUCUCCCUCAUUUCUGUCAUCCUUUCUCCAUCAUUUCUGUUAUCCUUCACCCUCAUUUCAGCUAUCCGUUCUCCCUCAUUUCUGUCAUCCCUUCGCCCUCAUUUCUGUCAUCCUUCUCCCUCAUUUCAGCUAUCCGUUCUUCCUCAUUUCUGUCAUCCCUUCGCCCUCAUUUCUGUCAUCCUUCUCCCUCAUUUCAGCUAUCCGUUCGCCCCUCAUUUCUGUCAUCCCUUCGCCCUCAUUUCUGUCAUCCCUUCUCCCUCAUUUCAGCUAUCCGUUCGCCCUCAUUUCUGUCAUCCUUCGCCCUCAUUUCUGUCAUCCUUCUCCCUCAUUUCAGCUAUCCGUUUCGCCCUCAUUUCUGUCAUCCCUUCGCCCUCAUUUCUGUCAUCCCUUCUCCUCAUUUCAGCUAUCCGUUCGCCCUCAUUUCUGUCAUCCCUUCGCCCUCAUUUCUGUCAUCCUUCUCCCUCAUUUCAGCUAUCCGUUCUUCCUCAUUUCUGUCAUCCCUUCGCCCUCAUUUCUGUCAUCCUUCUCCCUCAUUUCAGCUAUCCGUUCUCCCUCAUUUCUGUCAUCCCUUCGCCCUCAUUUCUGUCAUCCCUUCUCCCUCAUUUCAGCCAUCCGUUCUUCCUCAUUUCUGUCAUCCCUUCGCCCUCAUUUCUGUCAUCCUUCUCCCUCUUUUCUGUCAUCCCUUCUUCCUCAUUUCAGUUAUCCGUUCUCCCUCAUUACUGUCAUCCCUUUCCCUCAUUUAUGCUAUUCCUUCUCACUCAUUUCUGCUAUCUCUUCUCCCUCAUUUCUGUCAUCCCUUCUCCCUCAUUUCUGCUAUCCGUUCUCCCUUAUUUCUGUCAUCCUUCUCCCUCUUUUCUGUCAUCCCUUCUUCCUCAUUUCAGUUAUCCGUUCUCCCUCAUUACUGUCAUCCCUUUCCCUCAUUUCUGCUAUUCCUUCUCACUCAUUUCUGCUAUCUCUUCUCCCUCAUUUCUGUCAUCCCUUCUCCCUCAUUUCUGUCAUCCUUCUCAUUCAUUUCUGUCAUCCUUCUCCCCCUCAUCUCCGCUUAUCCGUUUCUCCCCUCAUCUCAUCUGUCCGUUCUCCCUCAUUUCUGUCAUCCCUUCUCCCUCAUUUCAGCUAUCCGUUCUCCCUCUUUUCUGUCAUCCUUCUCCCUCAUUUCUGUCAUCCCUUCUCCAUCAUUUCUGUCAUCCUUCUCCCUCAUUUCAGCUAUCCGUUCUCCCUCAUUUCUGUCAUCCCUUCUCCCUCUUUUCUGUCAUCCUUUCUCCCUCAUUUCUGUCAUCCUUUCUCCAUCAUUUCUGUUAUCCUUCACCCUCAUUUCAGCUAUCCGUUCUCCCUCAUUUCUGUCAUCCCUUCGCCCUCAUUUCUGUCAUCCUUCUCCCUCAUUUCAGCUAUCCGUUCUUCCUCAUUUCUGUCAUCCCUUCGCCCUCAUUUCUGUCAUCCUUCUCCCUCAUUUCAGCUAUCCGUUCGCCCUCAUUUCUGUCAUCCCUUCGCCCUCAUUUCUGUCAUCCCUUCUCCCUCAUUUCAGCUAUCCGUUCUUCCUCAUUUCUGUCAUCCCUUCGCCCUCAUUUCUGUCAUCCCUUCUCCCUCAUUUCAGCUAUCCGUUCUUCCUCAUUUCUGUCAUCCCUUCGCCCUCAUUUCUGUCAUCCUUCUCCCUCAUUUCAGCUAUCCGUUUCGCCCUCAUUUCUGUCAUCCCUUCGCCCUCAUUUCUGUCAUCCUUCUCCCUCAUUUCAGCUAUCCGUUCUUCCUCAUUUCUGUCAUCCCUUCGCCCUCAUUUCUGUCAUCCUUCUCCCUCAUUUCAGCUAUCCGUUCUCCCUCAUUUCUGUCAUCGCCCCCUCCCUUCUCCCUCAUUUCAGCUAUCCGUUCUUCCUCAUUUCUGUCAUCCUUCGCCCUCAUUUCUGUCAUCCUUCUCCCUCAUUUCAGCUAUCCGUUCGCCCUCGUUCGCCCUCAUUUCUGUCAUCCGUUCUCCCCUCAUUUCUGUCAUUCCUUCUCCCUCAUUUCAGCUAUCCGUUCUCCCUCAUUUCUGUCAUCCCUUCUCCCUCAUUUCUGUCAUCACUUCGCCCUCAUUUCUGUCAUCCCAUCGUCCUCUUUUCUGUCAUCCCUUCUCCCUCAUUUCAGCUAUCCAUACUCCCUCAUUUCUGUCAUCCCUUCUCCCUCAUUUCAGCUAUACGUUCUCCCUCUUUUCUGUCAUCCCUUCUCCCUCAUUUCUGUCAUCCCUUCGCCCUCAUUUCUGUCAUCCUUCUCCCUCAUUUCAGCUAUCCGUUCUCCCUCAUUUCUGUCAUCCCUUCUCCCUCAUUUCUGUCAUCCCUUCUCCCUCAUUUCUGUCAUCCCAUCGCCCUCUUUUCUGUCAUACCUUCUCCCUCAUUUCAGCUAUCCAUUCUCCCUCAUUUCUGUCAUCCCUUCUCCCUCAUUUCUGUCAUCCCUUCUCCCUCAUUUCUGCUAUCCGUUCUCCCUUAUUUCUGUCAUCCCUUCUCCCUCUUUUCUGUCAUCCCUUCUCCCUCAUUUCUGUCAUCCCUUCUCCCUCAUUUCUGUCAUUCCUUCUCCCUCAUUUCUGCUAUCCGUUCUCCCUUAUUUCUGUCAUCCUUCUCCCUCUUUUCUGUCAUCCCUUCUCCCUCAUUUCUGUCAUCCCUUCUCCCUCAUUUCUGCUAUCCGUUCUCCCUCAUUUCUGUCACCCCUUCUCCCUCAUUUCUGCUAUCCGUUCUCCCUUAUUUCUGUCAUCCCUUCUUCCUCAUUUCUGUCAUCCCUUCUCCCUCAUUUCUGCUAUCCGUUCUCCCUCAUUUCUGUCAUCCCUUCUCCCUCAUUUCUGUCAUCCCUUCUCCCUCAUUUCUGCUAUCCGUUCUCCCUUAUUUCUGUCAUCCUUCUCCCUCUUUUCUCUCAUCCCUUCUUCCUCAUUUCAGUUAUCCGUUCUCCCUCAUUACUCUAUCCCUUCUCCCUCAUUUCUGCUAUCCCUUCAUCCUCUUUUCUGUCAUUCCUUUUCCCUCAUUUCUGUCAUCCUGUUCCUCUUUUCUGUCAUCCCUUCUCCCUCAUUUCUGCUAUCCGUUCUCCCUCUUUUCUGUCAUCCCUUCUCCCUCAUUUCAGCUAUCCCUUCUCCCUCAUUUCUGUCAUCCCUUCUCCCUCUUUUCUGCUAUCCCUUCUCCCCAUUUCACCCUUCUGA